GUCGAGAGAGAGAGAGAGAGAGAGCAUCGGAAAUCAACCAAGCUUGCCAAUUACGUUGGUUAAUUCCAAGUCUUAACCUCUUGUUAUAAGAAUAGUGACCGAACCAGAGGACAAUGCUAAGGCGAUGGAAGGAUGGACGAGAUGACAUAAGGAAAGAUAAUAACAAUAAAGACUUGAACUCGACCCAUGUUCUACCCGAUUCCGUAAACCCGCAAUCACUCCAAUGUGCGAACCCUAAUUUUAUUGCCGGAUUUCCUUUGCUUCUGUGACAGCUUUCGUCCCCUUCCUUCUCCAUUCGUUUGGCACAUAAAGAUUGGAUUUUUGAGAUGGACGAAGAAACAAUGAAUUCAGCGCGACGGAUGUCGACGCGGUCUCGUAAGAUUGCUCCGAAAAUGGCGGCGGCGCUUGCUAGCACCGACAAUAGAACACAGGCGAUUCUUGCUCGCUUGGAUGCACUGGAGAGUGACAAUGGCAUGCCGGAACCCGUGCAGCUUGAUGAAGAUGAAGAAGCUUCGCUUGAUGAUGAGGAUCAAGUAUAUCAAAAGAAGCAGCCGAAAGGCACAAAAAGGAAAACUCGUCAAGCCAAGGCUCUUGAGAAUAAGAAGGCUCCAAAGACAUUCAUGGAGCUCUUGAAUGAGGCAAACCUGGAGUCCUUGCCUCCACAUGUCCCGACCUACUUGAGAGCUGCUGUGGGACCUCCAAGCUCCACCACCCGCCGUCACUUCUGCACUGUUUGUGGAUUCUCUGCUCCCUAUGCUUGCGUGCAGUGUGGGAUGCGCUUUUGUUCAAUCCGAUGCCAGACUAUACACAAGGACACACGUUGCUUGAAGUUUGUUGCAUGAUCACAAGGAUCAAUCCGGGGUUCUAAAUCCAUACAAGGUUAGUCUCUUGUUAUUUGUAUGCUAGGUAACAAGUAGUCUAAAUUGCAGAGCCCUAGGAAUGAAUUAACAUAAACCUAGUCUUACAAGUAGGGUCUGGAGAGGGAAUGACUGGACACAGACCUUACGCCGCCUACCUAUAAAAGAUAGAGUGGUUUUCCGAAAGAGCCUCAACAGAAUGAAUGCAGCAUGUGUCUGUCACGAGGAAACCUGAUUCCGCGACAUGGGCUUGACCAAAAUCAAGGGUUGUCUUUGAAAAGAAUGUCUUGUGCAAGAGAAUAACUAUGUCUUAAAUGAUCAUAUGGCUUGUUUUUAGGAAGUUGUUUUUAAAGAAUUUGUGUGGUUAGAUCUGUGCAUAUGAUAGAAAAAUACAACAAAUACUCUCUCUGCCCCCCUAAUAUAAGGCGUUUUAGAUUGUUUUA